CCACCCAGCCGGGGGCGGGAGCUGGCGCAAGAGGCUACUGCGACUGCGUGGCCGGGCACGCCGGUCUGGGCGUCCGCGUCGGCGUUUUCGACGCAAAGUCUCACUCUGCCCGGCGAGUGUAGCUGAAGGGGACUCCGCCACGGUCACGCCGACAAAAAAAUGUUUAGGGACCUAAAGUGUCUCCUGAUUCCACGUUUCUGAACAGGAAGGCCUUCUGAGAUAUUAAAUUUGGAUUUUUUUUUCCGGUUAAAUUCUGACACCAGGUCGUGGCGAAUCGGCCAAGGCAAAAUAAGAGUCAGCGAUCGAUGAAGCGAAGGCACGGGAUGCUGGCGCAGGUUGCGGCGUCGCAGUGGUUGUGGAGCCUGGAGCAGGAUACGGAGGCGGUCCACUCUUCCCCAGAUGCUUUCCCGCAGAAGCAGCCAAGAUUACGUAAUAAUAACGAGAAAGCUCAGCCGUGCUCGGUGCGAGCCACCCACACUCCCUGGGAGCCACCCGCACGGGGCAGCCUCGUACCCGAGGUGUCCUAAUUUUUUGUCCUCGAGGUGGCCAUCUGACCGCCUUUCCUCCUCCGCAGAACUGGGAACCCGUUGCCUCCUCCGGCUUAGGUUGGAAGUUGGUAGUUUUCGGUAGUUGCGGAGUAGUUUCGAAAGGGUUGAGCCCGCCCAGAGGCUCUCGUGCGUCCCUGAUCGGAUCCGCCUGUGUCACCCACCGCCAUGGCCAAGGAAGGCGCCGCUGCUGGAGCUGCGAUGGACGUCCACUCUGCUUUGAAGGAGGUGCUGAAGAUCGCCCUGGGCCACGACGGGCUGGCACGAGGGAUUCACGAAGCUGCCAAAGCCUUAGGCAAGCGCCAGGCCCACCUCUGUGUGCUGGCAUCCAACUGUGAUAAGCCCACGUACACCAAGUUGGUGGAAUCCCUCUGUGCUGAGCACCAGAUCAACCUGAUUAAGGUUGAUGACCACAAGAAACUCGGGGAAUGGGUAGGCCUCUGCAAAAUUGAUCGGAAGGGGAAACCCCGGAAAGUAAUAGGUUGCAGCUGUGUGGUGGUUAAGAGCUAUGGCAAAGAGUCUCAGGCUAAAGAUGCCAUCGAAGAGUACUUCAAAUGCAAGGCAUGAACAGCAAUAAAAACGGCUUCCUUUCGUUUUAAGGUCCUAAAAACAUAGAAAAAUAGCACUAUCUCAAACUCUUGAGUUUUGGUUGGAAAUAAUAGCACUCUUUAAGUUUUCUUCCAAAUGUAAACUUUGCAUAUUAUCUUCUUGUUUAUAAUGGAAAUCAUUUGUUUGGAAGUUUACAAACUGCUUAAGAUUUGCUCUAGCAUUAUUAAGGUUUAAUUGACAGUCUUAUAUGUAUGUUUUACAGUGUGAUGUUUUGAUAUGCAUGUGUAUAUACUAUGUAUAUAGUAAUAAUUUCGGUAUAUAUGUGUGUGUUGCGCACGCACGUGCAGGUAUCUCUUUGACAUACUGAUUUAAUUUUCUUUGAAUAAAUACCCCAAAAUGGA